CUAAAUUCAGCUCAUUGCGAAUGGCGUGCUGUUCAUGAUGUUUUGUCUGACCGCACAAUAUAUCGGUGGUCAUUGUUGCUAGUCGUUUUUUAUAACGAUCGGACUUCUAAUGUGCCGGUAAUGUCCGCGUGCUCGUCUUGUCUGUUCUAAGUUCAUGUUAUAAAAUAUUUUGUUUAUAUACUCUUUAGUACUGUUAAUAAGCGCCGUAAUUUUUUGGUUUUGAUGUAGUGCUAUAAUUUUGGAUAGAAAAGUGGAUUCAUUGCAGGACAUGGGAGUUUUUAAGUGGCUACGCCGGGAACGAGUAACUGUGACCACUCGUCAUAACGUCCCUCCCGAGUCUACAACUCCAGAAGAACAACAAACACAAAGUGCAACUCAAGUGGGCACCAUCCGGACAGAAGAAUACAAACGAGACUUGGCCGAAUUCCAGGCGAGGAGAUCCGUGGGUAACAAAGAGCUCCAAAUAACUCCGGAGAAGAAAAAAUGUGGCAGACAUUCCUUGCCUGUUUCGUGCACAAAUUGCACUGCAGAUCUUGACAACUCUUUCAAUUAUGAAAAGAAAUCAGGUGUGAAGUACAAGCAGAAAAUCCAAUCCAAACGCCGUAGUGCAACAUCUGAGGAAAGAGACCAAGACGGCGUCCCAAACAUACAGUUCCUAUUUCAAAACCAAGUAUUUAUGCCCGGGGAUCUGUUUGGGGCGUCAUACACGGAACCGCCGAAGUCUAAACGCCAAACACAGCAAACAGUGUACAGAUCGCCCGAAACGGAUUUCAUUGUUCACAAACAGUUAGACUUUAAUGACGAAGAUCUUGUGGACUCGCCAAAAUUUUACAAAAACAAUUCUCUACCUUUCGAUGUAAAGAACUUUCUGGACGGAUCGAGAAGUGACGACGGAGACGAGAGCUGUAAACUAGCUGGAGAUCUCAAAGUAUCUAGUCAGAGUUCGUCUGAGUGCGCAAGGAACGAUGGUUGUGAAGACAAACUUUGGGAAGUCAUGAGCGAAUUAAAAAAAUUGGACCGGUGGGCUGAUGAGCAAUUAGUGCAGUCUCCAAAUACAACCAGAUCUGAGGACAAUAAAAGCGACGCAAGCGCAUAUGGUCUUCCUAUUGCAAGCGCAAGUAAUUUGGACAUAACCAUAGACCAUAAGAAGUGCUGGAACCUUGGCAAAUGGGGCGUUAUACCAGUUCAGAUAAAGCGGCUAACGGGAGUCUCCAUAGAGCAUGUCAAAAGGAAACGCAACACGGAGAUAAAUAUUUUAAGAAAAUGUCGCCACCCUAACAUAAUACUUCUAAUGGGACUGUACCCAGACGUGCACAACGACAUACAACUAAUCUGCGAGAGAUGUGUUGACACGCUGUACGGUAUAUUACAUAUUCAGGGCCGAAUGUUGAGCGCUCAGACGUCAGUGCAGUACGCACUGGACAUCGCCAACGCUCUGGUGUUCCUCCGUAUGCAAGGCUACAUCCACACGGACCUGACAAGCGCCAGCAUCAUGAUAUCCAAUCAUGGUGCGGCCAAGCUCGCCGACCUAGGUCCUUGUGUGAAACUGCCGAGGGUGAAGGAAAAGGCGGAGAAAAACUACGAUCUGUACUCGCCCGAACCACAAUACGUCAAUAUUGAAGACACACGUGAAUCCAAGUCGGUAGACUGCGAACCUUUGCUAUCGAACCGUUCAUCAGAAGAUUACCUCUUGACAAACGCAGUCGGGAAACCGUACAAAGUGUACUGCAAUUCGGAACAUUACCGGUGGCAGGCGCCGGAGUUGUUCGAACCGAACGAAGAUGGAUUCGUCCACCCUUGCUGCAGAAGCGAUGUGUACUCCCUGUGCCUUGUACUGUGGGAAAGCUGUAACGCUGCCAUUCCAUGGAGGAGUUAUACAUACGACAAGCUCAAGGAGCAGUAUACGCUAUGGACUACUGGGAUGCCUCUGCCCCAGGACGGGACAUAUCCGGGGAGUCUCUUAGCGUUGCUCCAAGAUGGACUGAAGCUGCGUCGCAUUGACCGUAUUGACGUUACAACGCUACAGGAUAUGUUACAAAAUGUCAAACGCAACCUCGACGAGCUAGAAUACAUAAUAAUACCAGCAAAGCUGUCCAAAAAGAAAUCCACGUUCAGUUCAGCGGCAUGGGACACCACCUCGCCCACCGAUUCCGAUUCUCAAACACCCCUUAACAUUGAACAUAAAGCAGUAGUUCACAAUGAAAGAGACACGUCAACUGAAAGCGAAAAUUGGCCAAAAAGUGACGAUAGCCUACUCUAUGAAACUAUAACAAACAUCAGAAGCAAUACUUACGCAGUUCCGGAAAAAUUCCCUAUAGGUAAUAACGGUAACACUAUUACCAUUAAAUACGAUCAUUUCCCAGAAAAAGAUUACUCCAGCGUUUGCUCAACGCCAAUAACAAAAAUCAAAGCCAAAUAUAAAGACAUGGGUACACCAGGGGCGUUGCACAGAAGCGAUUCCACCGAAUACUGCAGUAUACUAAGUCCAAAUCGCACAGUCAAUUUUGGACUUAAUCCUGAAACAAUUAAAGAUCAAAAUGAGAUUGAACGACCAACAGCUAAACUAAGCCGUAGUUUCACACCCAAAUCGUAUAAGCCGUUACACAUUAAAGUGCCAGAAUUUAAUUUGGACUCUAUUAAAGCGUUAGUUAAGGAUCAAAAUGAAAAUGAACGGUCCUCAUACAAUUUUGAUAUAAAGAAUUAUAGUUUACCAACUACGCCGAUAGCUCGUAGUAACAAGUUGAGGAAGAAUGCCUGGCUGUCAGGCGACUUGAGUGUGACGAAACGGAGUACAGAAAAAUUGAAGGAAUCUGAUAGAAAGACACUAAACGAACAAGAAUAUAAAACGCAGUCUUCACCGGAAACGUCGGUACAUUCUACUAAUAGCUUCAUAGAAAAAGAUCAAGACAAUGUUUCGAUCCGAAGCCAACCAAAUUUAACAUUAGAUAAUGUGAAACCAUUUACACCUGAUAGUCUGGAUACAAGGAGAAAUAGUUUAAAAAGUACGGAGCCAACACGGAACUCUACAUCGGACCCUGACGAACUGAGUAGAGAGCGGAGUAACUCCUGGUCAUACAAGUCAUCGCCGGAGCACAGUAACACGAAAAGUAGAAUUGACGAGGAGUUGUUAGCGGGCCUCAGUGUGAAACCGCUGGUCGCGAUACACGAGAGGUGGAUAUACGAAGCUAACAAGAAGACUGGCCGGUCUAUGUCUUUACCAGAGGAUAAUAAAUUGCAGACUCAAGCCGUAAAGCCAGCGUCCCACUGUGUAGACACACUACAGAAGUCUCUGCCUCAGCUCAGUGUAAAGCGACCCGCCAAGUCCUACCGAACUCGACCCGUGUCUCCCAAUGUUGGGAAAAAUGGUGGCCACUGGGAACAAUUCUGCCAGACACGAGAUAUUAUAGCGAAGAAUAUUAAUUUCCCCACUCGAGACACCGAACGAUUCUUCACGUGGAAAAAGGAUGUGGACAAAUGCACAAUAAUCGAAGAGGAUAACAAAAGUGAUAAUGGUAUAAAAAUGGGAAUGACAGAUCAAGCAACUGAGACGAACAGCAUAGAGGAGUUCAUCAGAGACCUAAUACGUAAGGAGUUCCAACAUUUACUGCAAGAGAUGUCGGACGACAACACCAGUUCGUCCACGCUCCCCAAAGAGGAUGCACUCAACAAGGGCGUCGCUAACAUAAUGGAGAAUUUGAAGAAUGGCGAUGAUUCGGAACAAACGGCAAAGAAAGAAACUAUCAAGUCAUUUUCGAGAGUGAAAAUAAACGGGAACAAUAAACCGCUCUUGCAGAUAACGUUCAGCCGUUGCGGUGAAAACAGUCUGCAAGUGCUGGACAAUUGUGUGAACGUAACUAUAUGUGAUACAAACAACGGGAAAAAGUUGAACGAGUCUAUGGAGGACACGCUGAUCGGCGACGACUAUCAUGUGAAUUCGCUGAAGAGAUGCCAGGCUUUCAAUGCUAUUCAGGAAGCUAGAAGCACUGAAGAUUUAUACAUAGAUGACGAUUUUUCGACGCAAAUGCAGGAGAAUUUCGGCGGCAAAGUGAAAUUGAUACCUCUACACGGUUCGUUGCACGAAAUACUCUGCGAGAAAGAAGACGAGUGCUGCCUGAUCAAGGUAAAGCAGGAGAACGGCUGUGACACAAUCUAUUUCAGGUGUGACAACUCGGAUACUGAAUCUCGGGACGCCAUAGACGGCUGUGGUGUGGGCCCCCAGGACACUGUAGUCUUCAAACGGAGCAUAUCGCUGAUCGAAGAAAGGAUACAACGCAUAUUUCCUAAAGAGAAAAGAUCACAGACCCCUGUCACAGCUAAAAAGGUAAAAACAAGAAAUGUAGAUAGUGUUAAAAUACGACCUAAGUCAGAGAUUUUUGUACAAAACCUUAACAAAGAAUCGCGAAUUAUGAGUAACAGCAGUCCAUCUCUGCUAAUAAAAGAUGACAAUAACGAUGAGGUAGAAGUCAAUAUAGAGAACGUUAUGUGUUACCAAGACUCGUCUUCGGAGGAAUGCCUCAAAUGUCAGGCGGAAAAUGACGAUUUCGAGCUGCUAGAAAGGAAGAUAGAAGAGGACAUGGCCAAUGGGACGUUAUCUUCCCUUACGUGUGGUUGUUUGGAGAAGAUCUCCGAGGAAAACUUAUCAGUUUUAAACGAAGAAAUGACGGAUAGAGAUUGAUUCUUGACGUUAAACAAAAUGGCAUAUUGUCAGUUAAAAUUUUUACACUAAUAUUUUUCUAAUAUCGUAACCUCAUUCAGAAGAAUAUUGUUAAUGUCCUAUUUUAAGAGAUUUAACAAACAUUUGAUCAGUCAUAAUUAGUACAAUAAGUCUUGAUCUUGUUUAUAUAUCAAUUACUGAGAGCGAUACCACUGAGUUGGUAUAUAUUUUUUUGUUAUUUGAUUGCUGAUGUGUCAUCAGUCAUGGGAUCUAAUCGAUUAGAUUUAUUAUGACAAGUACAAAGUAAUAAUCCAUAAUACGCCACUCAUAUUUAUAUUGUUUUUCCGUUAAUUUAAAUUUCAAUUAACGGAAAAAUUAUAUAAUUGAUUACUGCAUAAUACAAAAUACUGUGUGCCUGCCUAAUUGUGCAAUACAAUUAUUAACUUUCAUAUUAAAAAUCGAUAUCUACAAGAGAAAGAGACGAAAUAUAGGUCUAGCGCAGUGCGCGUCAUUUGUCGAUUUAAAUAAUACCAUAUUUUGACGAUAGAUCUUAUGGGAUAUCUUAAAUAAUAGAGCGUGGUAGGUUUUAGAAUGUUAAUAUCUAAAAUUAGCAAACGUAAAUGAUUAUUUCAAUAUUGGCCCCCACUAUACUGUGAAAUGUUAUUUAUCUAUCUCUAAAGUAAAUUAAUUUUAGAGAUGGUUUCCAAGAAUAACAUUUCAUAAUCUGCUCCAGUUUACCAUAAUUGCUAUUUAUUCCGUCCUUACACUCAGCAUUUAGGAAACCCAAAGAUAAAUGUUAUUAGGUUUUCUUGUAUUAUUUUAGCUUACUAUAUAGUUUUUUUUUUAGAAUUUUAGAUUUACGCAAAGGCUAUGUGAUUAUUAGAUUAAGUGGCACGGUACAUUCCACUGUUGUGAUUUAUAGAAUAGUCUACACCUUUUGAAGGUUUGUUAAUUUUAUUCACACUAUUUUAUCUUUUAGAAUAUAUUCUCACGUUAAUUAAAAGAGUCUGUUUUUACUUUGUCUACAAUUUUUUUUUUAUAAUAUCACAAACCAAAGGUUAUUUAGUGAUCUUAUUCUUGGUAUCCAUUUUACUACCUUCCAAAGUAUGUAUUUAAAUGUUAUAUCACGUUAAUUUUGAAAGUAUCCAUUUAAAAAGAACUAGAUGUAUCUAUUGUUUAGUUUUAUAG